AUGGGUGCAGCUAAGCAAGUGCUGCUGGAACGAACGAUUGUAGACUUGAGAGCUCGAUCUGGAACUAGCGACCGUGCCCAGGACUAUGAAGCGCGUUGCAAGCAUGCGGAACGGAAACUCCAGCUAGAAAAGACGCGGUUAGUUGAUGCUGAAGAACGAUGGAACGCGAGACUGCGCGAGCUUGAAAAGCGUACCAAAGAUGCCGAGGAGCGUGUCAAGCGAGAACGUCAAGGGGCCAAAGAGAAGGUUGCUGGUCUCCUGGAUGAGAACAAGUAA